CACUGCCGCGAGUGUGCUGCACCCAUGGUCUCGACCGCGGUUGAGCCACCGUGGCUGGUGCAACCGCCGUCACCGCACAUCAAGCCAGCGCAGGCGUCUCUUCUCGCGUCGUCCAUUGAAGUCUCACAGCGUACGUAUGACGCGUUGCUCGUCACGAUCGAGAGUGCGCGGGGCUUGUACGAUGCACAGUGGGUCGGGAAGCAAGACCCGUACUGCUUGGUCACAUGCGGCGACAUGUCGUUCCGGACUAGAACCCACGACGACGGCGGGCGAGACCCUGUGUGGCACCAAGAGCUCACGUUCCCCCCUCACUGCCUCAACGCCCCUUUGGCGAUCGAGAUUAAGGACGAAAACUACCUGCACCACGACGGCUACAUCGGCUGCUGUGAGCUUCCACCGACCGCGUGGCAACUGGCCGAUGUCGCCAACGUCUGGCUACCUGUGCAGCACCAUGACGCACGCGUCGGCGAGCUCUGCGUCUCGAUUCGAAAGCAGCUGGCAGCACCGACACAAGAGCCAAACGUUCAAAGCCAGAGUGUUGUCGAAGAUACCGCUACCGACGACUAUGCAGAAGACUCGAGUGCUGUGGUAGAGGUCGCCCGAAACGUGACGUCGUCACCGAGAGACCUCAUUGCCGACUCGAUGGAAAAAUACAUUGCUAUAGUCGUCAAGGAGGAGGCGCCUCUCGAAGAGCUUGUCGACGACAUGUCAGACGACAAUGUGAUCGCUGCGCCAGAGAUGGCAGUGACGCUUGCGGACGAAGAAGACAUUGUGGAUGACGAUGACGACGACGAUGAGGCGAAGCCCGUCGACGAUCAUCUGGGCGAUGCCAACAUGAUGAGUCGACUGGUCCUGCCACUGAACCCCAAGGAAUAG